AGGACAAACAACUCCGCUAUUGGAAUAAACUUGUCUCCACGUUUUUUCGUUCCUGAUCUGCUACUUUGCUCUUCGUUCGACCAUGAGAUGGAGCUCGCUGUGCAUAACGCUUAGCAUUUUGCUAGCUUUGUUGACCAUCUCUGCUCCAUCAGCACGAGCAUGGCAACAAUCUGAUUUUGAGAUUUUCGACUUGGUGGAUGAGUUGGAGCAAUCUGAAGGCAAAGACGUUAAUUUCUACAGCUGGCUUAACGUGCAGCCCUCUGCUUCCUCAACGGAUAUCAACCGAGCCUACCGAAAACUUUCACUGAAGCUCCACCCUGACAAGAACAAAAAGGAUGCCCAAGCAAAAGAAAGAUUUGCACGACUAGGCAAGAUCGUAGGUAUCCUUCGCGACGGAGCUAAACGUGAACGCUACGACCAUUUCUACAAGAACGGUGUGCCACGCUGGCGCGGUACAGGCUACUAUUACUCGCGUUUCCGCCCUGGCUUGGGAUUUGUGGUUGUGUUUUUGAUUGGCUUGUCGGGAGCGAUGCAAUAUAUUGUUGGCUGGGUCAAUUACUAUCUUGAAAAGAAGCGGAUCGUAGGCUUCGUCCAGGACGCGCGUGCAGCAUUAACGCAGAAUGUUCCCAAAUCGCAAGGAGCACCCACCAUGGGCCGCAGCUAUGUCGAGGUCGGUGGCCGUGUAUUGCGAUGCGAAGUCAAAUCGGACGAAUAUAUCAUCAUUUAUCCGACCAAAGAUGAGGAGCCUGUCCAUUUGAACACUGAGUGGAUCACAAAGCCAACGGUGACCAACAAUGUGUACUUUAUCCGGUGGAUUGCUGGUGUGUUCUACAAGGUGACUGGCAAACCCAUGCCCACCGCCAAAGAAAUGGACGAAAGCCCAGAAACCAGUGACCAGGAACAAGAACAGCAGCAAGAUGGCACAACAAAAUCGAAAAAGAAAGCGAAAAAAGGAAAGCCCGUAGCAGUGACAGGAUCCAAAGUGGGUGGUCGUCGUAGAGCAGUGAAGCCUCAGAAUUAGAAAGAGCUUUCAAGCGUGUCUUUUUUUUUCUAGAUUACAAAAGUAAAAGUAUGUGUAUAAAAAAAACCAAAUGAAACUUGGAUCAAGGAAAAAUAUAAGAGGAGGGACUGGGGCAGCGGCUGACAGGAGGGAAUGGGAAGAAGAAGAAAAGAGA